AUGACAUCACUGCCAACAGAGGCCAAGGCCUCCUCUGUGGGGUCACCCACGUCCAACGGGUCCGGAUCGACGUCUGGCCGAAAGACGCUCGAUCUGGAGCCGAAUCCUUUCGAGCAGUCGUUUGCCGGCCCCACGGAACAGGGCUCGUCGGCAAAGCCGAAGCAAGCGAACCGCAAGGAUCCCAAGGACCACAAGCUCCCCACCGCCUCCUCCCCCCCGGUGCUGACGCCGGGAGGCACCCGCCGCACGACCACGUCCAACAUGCUGCCUCCGCUGCCGGGGAUCAUGUCGCCCGGCGCGCCCUCUAUUCCUGGCACUCCGGGCAUGUGGUCCAGCAUGUUCCAGGGCCCCUCGCAGCAAAUUUUGCCCUUCGCGUACCCCGUGGGGCCCUCUGCAAGCACGGGGCCCGCUGGCGCGCCGCCCACGUCAUCGCAGCAACAGCAGAUGUACAGCCAGAGUAUUGCUAACGCGAAAAGAACAGGCCUUACUCCUAACGAGAGCUCGUUGCGAACCGGGCUGACCCCAGGAAGCAACAAUAAUCUCGCACAUCACAACUACGCCAUGCUCAUGUCGUCCGGCCCGUUCACGCCUGGCAGCCUCUCCUUCCUCAACAUGCCUCCGGUCAAGACAGAGGAUAAGCACGAACCGCAGGAGCCAGGCUCGCACGCGGCACCAUCUGCUCCCGCACCGGCGGCGGCGGCCGCACCGCAGACGGCUGAGCCGAAACCAAAGAAACCAAAGACGAAAAAGACCAAGGAGCACGCAGAACCCGCCUCUGAAAACGGCUCCAAGAACGACAGCCAGGACGAGGAAAAGAGGAAGAGCUUUUUGGAACGAAACAGAAUCGCCGCGUCCAAGUGCAGACAGCGGAAAAAACAGAUGGUGCAGAAGAUGCAGCAGGAGCUCAACUUCUACUCUGCCCAGUACGACACGCUGACCCAGCAGGUGGCCGCCCUGCAGGACCAGGUCAAGACGCUGCACUCCAUUCUGUACGGCCACAAAGACUGUCCGUCGCUGACGGAACAGAUGGGCGGCGUUGAGAACACCAACAACGUGCUCGGGGCGUUUGCGCCGGUCCACCUGGUGCCCGCGGUGCCGCAGAUGAUGCUUGUGCAAGAUGCGUCUCGACAGCAGGGCCCCAAGUGA